AGUGGCGUCAGUCAGUGCAUUUCAGAAGCGUCCCAACAGCUACAAACAGUAUACAACAAUCACAUAGUAGAAACAUUUGAAUCAAGAGUAUACAAGUAUAUAUUCUAUAAAACACAAAAUAUAUUCAUAUCAAUGGAACGUUCAGAUGUUAUAAAAAUUGUCCCUUACGUUUACCAGUAUGUGUGCCAAGGAAAUCCCGUGUGGCCUCGAGGUCUUGAAUCUACUGAAGAAAAGAAAACCAUGGUUGAUAAAACCUUCCUGCCACUAAAGGAGUCAAUAACGACCCGGGUGGCUCUUACAACUCUGUCUCAAGCGCCUAACACAUUUAUUCCUUGUCUGUUUAACAUUAUAUCGGAAUACGAGAUAGAACACAAGAGC